AUGGCGCGCGCGUGCUGGUGGGGGUGGGGACAGGCUCCGGGCCUGGCAUCCCGGUAGCCGCAGCUGUCUUUUCCGGCCCCCGUGCGCUCUCCGCCCGAGGCGGAGCCCCCCGGCUCGCGGGGAUCCCCCGAGCGCUGCGUCCUGCGGGUGGGUCACCUAACCCAUUUGUGUCUUCCUCUACCUGUGCUCAGCCAUGGCCAGUGAGAGCUCACCUCUGCUGGCCUACCGACUCCUGGGGGAGGAGGGGACGGCCCUCCCUCUCAAUGGGGCCGGGGCUCCUGGAGGGGCAUCUGCCCGGAAGCUGUCCACCUUCCUGGGUGUGGUGGUGCCCACUGUCCUGUCCAUGUUCAGCAUAGUUGUUUUUCUGAGGAUUGGGUUCGUGGUGGGCCAUGCUGGGCUGCUGCAGGCCCUGGCCAUGCUGCUGGUUGCCUACUUCAUCCUGGCGCUCACCGUCCUCUCUGUCUGUGCCAUUGCCACCAAUGGAGCCGUGCAGGGGGGUGGAGCCUACUUCAUGAUCAGCCGCACAUUGGGGCCCGAGGUCGGGGGCAGCAUUGGGCUCAUGUUCUACCUGGCUAACGUGUGUGGCUGUGCCGUCUCCCUGCUGGGACUGGUGGAGUCUGUGCUUGACGUCUUCGGGGCCGAUGCCACAGGGCCCAGUGGGCUCCGGGUCCUGCCCCAGGGCUACGGCUGGAACCUGCUGUAUGGCUCCCUGCUGCUGGGCCUUGUGGGUGGGGUCUGCACCCUGGGAGCUGGCCUCUAUGCCAGGGCCUCAUUCCUCACAUUCCUGCUGGUCUCCGGCUCCCUGGCCUCUGUGCUUAUCAGCUUUGUGGCUGUAGGGCCGAGGGACAUCCCCUUGACCCCUCGGCCUGGCCCCAAUGGCUCCUCCCUGCCACCCCGGUUUGGCCACUUUACCGGCUUCAACAGCAGUACCCUGAAGGACAACUUGGCUGCUGGCUACGCUGAGGACUACACCACAGGAGCCAUGAUGAAUUUUGCCAGCGUCUUUGCUGUCCUCUUUAACGGCUGUACAGGCAUCAUGGCUGGGGCCAACAUGUCAGGGGAGCUGAAGGACCCCAGCCGUGCGAUCCCUCUGGGCACGAUCGUCGCUGUCGCCUACACCUUCUUCGUCUAUGUCCUGCUUUUCUUCCUCUCCAGCUUCACCUGUGACAGGACCUUGCUGCAGGAAGACUAUGGGUUCUUCCGCGCUAUCAGCCUGUGGCCCCCACUGGUGUUGAUCGGAAUCUAUGCCACCGCGCUCUCAGCGUCCAUGAGCUCGCUCAUCGGCGCCUCCCGCAUCCUCCAUGCCCUGGCCCGGGAUGACCUCUUUGGAGUGAUCUUGGCGCCGGCCAAGGUUGUGUCCCGGGGCGGAAACCCCUGGGCGGCUGUACUGUAUUCUUGGGGCCUGGUGCAGCUGGUGCUCCUGGCCGGGAAGCUGAACACGCUGGCUGCCGUGGUCACUGUCUUCUACCUGGUGGCCUAUGCCGCUGUGGACCUGUCCUGCCUGAGCCUGGAGUGGGCCUCGGCCCCCAACUUCCGCCCCACCUUCAGCCUGUUCUCCUGGCACACCUGCCUGCUGGGGGUGGCCUCCUGCCUGCUCAUGAUGUUCCUCAUCAGCCCUGGUGCGGCCGGUGGUUCCCUGCUCCUCAUGGGUCUCCUGGCUGCCCUGCUCACCGCGCGAGGAGGCCCCAGCAGCUGGGGCUAUGUCAGCCAGGCCUUGCUUUUCCAUCAGGUGCGUAAGUAUCUGCUCCGGCUGGACGUCCGGAAGGAUCACGUGAAGUUCUGGCGGCCCCAGCUGCUGCUCCUGGUGGGGAACCCCCGGGGCGCCCUGCCUCUGCUGCGGUUGGCCAACCAGCUUAAGAAGGGGGGGCUCUACGUGCUGGGCCACGUCACCCUGGGAGACCUUGACUCCCUCCCCUCGGACCCUGUACAGCCGCAGUACGGGGCAUGGCUCAGCCUGGUGGACCGGGCCCAGGUGAAGGCUUUUGUGGAUCUAACUCUCUCACCCUCUGUGCGCCAGGGGGCUCAGCAUCUGCUGCGAAUCUCCGGCCUCGGUGGCAUGAAGCCCAACACGUUGGUCCUGGGUUUCUACGAUGACGCUCCACCGCAGGACCAUUUCCUGACAGACCCGGCUUUCUCUGAGCCUGCAGACAGUACCAGGGAGGGCAGUUCCCCAGCUCUGAGUACCCUGUUCCCUCCUCCCCGGGCUCCUGGGAGCCCCCGGGCUCUCAGUCCCCAGGACUACGUGGCCACGGUGGCCGAUGCCCUCAAGAUGAACAAGAAUGUGGUGCUGGCCCGGGCCAGUGGGGCCUUGCCCCCUGAGCGGCUGAGCCGGGGGUCUGGGGGCACCUCUCAGCUGCACCACGUGGAUGUGUGGCCCCUCAACCUGCUGCGGCCCCGGGGUGGGCCCGGCUACGUGGACGUCUGCGGCCUCUUCCUACUGCAGAUGGCAACCAUCUUGGGCAUGGUGCCCGCUUGGCAUAGCGCCCGGCUCCGGAUCUUCCUGUGCCUGGGGCCUAGGGAGGCGCCUGGGGCGGCCGAGGGGCGGCUGCGGGCGCUGCUGAGCCAACUGAGGAUCCGGGCUGAGGUGCAGGAGGUGGUGUGGGGCGAGGGGGCUGGGGCUGGGGAACCCGAGGUGGAGGAGGAAGGGGACUUUGUGAACAGUGGGCGGGGAGAUGCGGAGGCAGAGGCCCUGGCACGCAGCGCCAACGCCCUGGUUCGGGCCCAGCAGGGGCGUGGCACAGGAGGAGGGCCGGGUGGGCCGGAGGGUGGGGACACCGAGGGCCCCACCACAGCCCUCACCUUCUUGUACUUGCCUCGGCCGCCCGCCGAUCCCGCCCGCUACCCCCGAUACCUGGCGCUACUGGAGACUCUAACCCGAGACCUGGGCCCCACGCUGCUGGUUCAUGGGGUCACCCCAGUCACCUGCACUGAUCUCUGAUGCCCCUGCCUCCAGGGCUGGGUAGAGAGGGCCCAGGCAGGUGGCCCAUCCCGAUCCUGAGGAGGAGGAGGAGGAGGAGGAGGAGGAGGAAGAGGAGGAGGAGGAGGAAAGCACUGUGUCCCGUGGCCCUGCCCUUGGGACGUGGAGCCCAGGGGAGGUUUGAAGGGGAUCAUGCCACCUCCUUUGACAGAGGGACUCCAGCACACUAACUCUGGGCGCCUGUCCCCACUGUGCAGGGGAGGGAGUCCGCAGCCUCCCUUCACUGGUGCCUUGAUGCUAGGGGCCAGGCCUCCGUGACUCUGGGCUACCUCAGUUUCCCCAUUUUGGCCAGACUCACCGGCCCACUGGGGUGGUGAUGUUUUCGUUCUGUUUUAUUUUUCUAACUCUGCUGACCAUGAAUAAAAGACCAAAA